CAUCACUGCUGAUACGAUUUACUUUCUCAAUUUACCAGUCAUAAAGCAAAAACCCAGAAAGAAAGAAGUCACAAGGUAGUCGCUACACGGCAUAUAUGAUCAGAGACUAAAGAUCAAAACUUUCAUCCAACUCCAACCUUAUUCUCCUCUCAAUUUUGUCUUGCGUCCUUGUUCGAUCUGUUAAACCCUUGUAAGAUCCCUCUGAAAUUUCCUCAGAAAAAUUCAUUUCAAAGAUCAAAAUCGAAUCUUUCGUCUGAUUUUUCUCAAUUUCGUUGAACCAUAUAUCUUACUGCGUAAUUUCCUCUCCGGUAAUAUCUCAUUUUGUUUCCCUUACCCUACCAAAUAUAUAUAAUCUGUGGUCUCUUCUUUUGACCCACUCUUAUUUGUUUAUUAUUGAAAUUGAGGUACUAUCGUGGAAUCUCUAGUCUUGCACGCUAACACCUGCCCACUGUUCUUAUCCUCUAUUUUUCAGACAUUGACGUUUGAAGCUUGGUGAAUUUUUGGAUUCUGGUGAGAACUUGGUUGGAGCAAUUGAUCACGCCUUGAAAGUGUUUGAUAAAAUGGCUCAGGCAAUUGGUCCAAGACUGUAUAGUUGCUGCAACUGCAGAAACCAUGUUGGACUUCACGAUGAUAUCAUCUCUAAGGCUUUUCAGGGAAGAACUGGGCGAGCCUUCCUGUUCUCCCACGCAAUGAACAUUGUGGUAGGACCUAAAGAAGACCGGAAUCUUCUAACUGGUCUACACACCGUGGCUGAUAUAUCUUGUGUUGACUGUAACGAACCAUUGGGUUGGAAAUACGAGCGAGCUUAUGAGACCUCACAGAAGUACAAGGAGGGCAAGUUCAUAUUCGAAAAGGCUAAGAUUGUCAAGGAGGAUUGGUAGAGCUGAGGAACAUGAUGAAUUCAUUAUUGGAUUGGCUCAAAAAUGUAUAUAGAUAAAAUUUGGCUUUGUGAUUUCACAAGUCAUCAUCAGCCAUUUUUCCAGUUCUUCAUUGUCUCUCUCUGUAUGUUAAUUAUGUCGUCUCUUGUGUUCAAACUAUGGAUUUGUUCGAACAAGGUUUCUCUGUUAAUAAAGAUGUUAAUAGCUUCUCUUGUGUUUCGCCUCAGAACCUUCCUUUGUAAGUGUAAUAUGAAUCUCCA